GAGACAACAGCCCCCCCUAGUGGACUUGUACUUGUCACUGAAGUAACAAGGAGCUUUUCGGCUGAGCACUCCCGAGAAGACAGAAAAGCUUAUUUUUCACCGGAAACAAACCAGUGAGGCGUUUUAAAAUUCGUUUGAGUGUCACUUGUCAAGGUUUUGCAAAGUUUGACAUUGUUGGAAGUCAGACUCCAGCCAACGGGAAGCUGCGCACAACGUUUUUCCUCCCAGCAGUGUCAUCCUUUUUCCCGUCCAAAGGUUUGACUAUGACUCGACCACUGGUGUUCUUUUUGUUCUCUUUACUUCUCACAGCUGUGUGUGCGACCAUAGAGGAUGGUGGCUACGAUGAUGUUGCAGAGGAAGAGGAUGAGCGUCAUCUCGACUACACCAAACUUUACUGGUGUCACUCUCCACGUCUCGUCAACGGGGAGCUGUCCUGCCAUUCCCCACGAGGUCGAGCAUACCGGACCACCCAGGGCACCCGCUGCACCAUGAGCUGCGAUCGAGGCUACCGCCUGAUUGGUCAGAGCUCCAUCCAGUGCCUCGACAACCGUCGCUGGUCAGGGGUCGCCGUCUGCCGCAGGAUGCGAUGCGGUGUGUUGCCUCUCAUUCCGCACGGCAGAUACACGUGCACUCAGGGCUUUGUGGUGGACUCCAGAUGCGACUUCACCUGCACCCCCGGCUAUCACAUUGAGGGGGAGUACACACGCACGUGUCAGCACGGGGGGACCUGGAGCGGGGCACAGCCCAUUUGCUUAGACACAGAAGCUCCAAAAAUCAGAUGUCCGCGAUCCAGAAUCAUGGUGGCAGAAGUUGGUAAACUGACUGCCAGAGUAACUUGGGAUGCACCGGUUGCCACAGACACAGCUGAUAAAACACUUGAUGUGAUUCUAGUUGGCCAGCAGCCCGGCACGGACUUUAACGAGGGAGCCAAUAUAAUUCGCUACAAAGUGUACGAUCAAGCCAGAAACAGAGCUGCCUGCAAAUUUAUCGUCCGUAUUGAAGUGAGGAGGUGCUCCGCCUUGUCUCCGCCUUUGCACGGUUCCCUCACCUGCUCCUCCGAUGCCACCAACUACGGCGCCGUCUGCGAGUACCACUGCGAUGGCGGGUACGAGCGCAAUGGCGUGUCCAGUCGGGUUUGCCAGCAAGACCGCAGCUGGAGUGACGACCCUGUGGAGUGCGUUCCCAUGGCGAUCGAGACAAAUGUGAAAACGGUGUCGGCUCUACUACGUCAAUUUUUCCAGAAGAGGCGACUUCUCAUCCUGUCUGCGCCCGACAUAGCCGACCCAGACUACCAGCUGCAGAACAUCAUGAUACAAAAAGCAGACUGCGGAUUACAACUGCGCCACGUGACUCUCAUCGAGCUGCUGGACUCGCCCCCGCGUGAGAUAGGACGCAUCAAGGAUCACAACUUGACCUCGCUAGUUGUUGAGGAACUGAGGCUCACAUUCCGAAUCUCCAGGCAAUACUUCAGCAUGGUGCUGGUGGACAAGCUCGGGCAGGAUCGGGAGCGCUUCAUCACCCCCAUGGCGUCCGAGGAGCUCUUCUCCUACAUUGACGGCUUCUUGCUGGACGAAGAGGAAAGGGAGAAGCUGGAUCGCCACAGGGACUUUUGCGAGUCAUAAAAUGAAUAAUAAACAGAGUGGGAGAGAGGGACAAGGUGAUAUAAGGGGCAAGAAAGCCCAGACGGACGCAGGAGGAAAGGUUAGGGUUAUGGUGUAAAAUGAAACAAUCUACUUUUAAAUCGAUAUUUAUUGUCAGAAGAGCAUAGUCGAGUCAAUUCUGAGGUAACUGGAAGUAAACAUUGUCAUCUGCAACAAAGACUUCAUAAACCCUCUACAAAUACAUUUGCUAAGACAGUGACAAAGCUAUAAAACAUUUCAAACACAACAAUUUGUUGUACAUGGAUGUAUAUCUCAAUAUAAUUUGCGUUGACACCAUCAUGACUGACACUAUUUCUGUGCUGUGUAGCUGUGGUUAAAAACAAGUGAGUGUUUCUAAACUAACUCCAUUUGAGCAUUCUUUUGCACAUUAUUCAUCAAAAACCAUGUCAAAACUUGAGCCAUCCCCCUCUCCGGCCCUCCAAAAAAGAACCAGGCGUCCUCAUUUGCCCUUCUUUUUCAUGGUGGUGCGCAAUGGAAGGGUGCCCUCUGCCCAAGAGUCUGGGUACUGCAUCAUCUUCUGCCACAGACUGACCUCUUCUCCAACUGAAUCCAUCCCCACUUCGUCAUUUCCAAUUUUGACAGUGCCUAAAAUGGAGCACAUUACUGCAUUUUAAGACCAUAUUGAAAUUUCACCAGUACCCCAAACUUUAAAGUACUGUAGUGUAUAUACAGGUGCUUCUCAAUAAAGUGAAUAAUGUAGAAA